AGAAGCCAACCUGUUGAGUGUCACAGUGGUGAAGGCAGGGUGUUGGCGCAUAGUGUGGAGGGAAGUCGCUGUUCUGCGUCACAUAUUCGUCGGCUUGUGUGAAAUUUCCUCGUUUUUGUCUCUGCUAAAUACAACUUGUCCAAGGUAAACAGCCUCAAGCUUGAAGAUGUCAAAGAUCUGUGCUUUGGUGUUGAUGACACUUGUGUCCCUGGUGUCUGCAGAAGGACAGGACUCGGAGGACAACCCAUUUACUUUUGACUACCACAGACUGCGUGUUGGAGGCCUGAUUCUAGCUGCCGUCCUCUGUCUCAUUGGCAUCACCAUCCUGUUCAGUGGCCACUGCAGAUGCAAGUUCAACCAGGACAAGAGAAGGAGGACAGGAAGCAAUACUCAGCAGAUGCUCAGCGACCAAGGUCGAUCCUGCGACUGCUAGAGGUCAACCAGAACAACACAUUGACUUGCCGAACCUGCAACCAACAGAUAACAUGGAGUAGCAGCAGCGGGAUUUGUGACACCCAAUGGGAGGCUUUUGUUUUUUUUAUUUAGAGAGAUCAACAAGAAAUAGUUUGUGUGUAGCUGCUGUGAGGUGUGAUGCUUUCUGCCUGAUAACUGAGCUACUGUCCUGCAGCCUGCACCUCCAAACAAACACACACACUUGGACAUACAUACCCUUAUACACACUUUUUGUCAGGUUAAUCUUAAAAUGACUUCAUACAACAGUAACACGAACCUGUUACCAAAAAAUACCUUAAGUGUCUACACACUGUAGGUUGUGUCAAUGUCUCGCACUACUUCUGUAGUCUGUACUGUAUUUGUAAGGUAAACAUUGAUGUAGAUAGUAGGUGCUCACUGUGACCAACCUAACCCGCUGUCCAUGCUUUAAUGUCAAAUGUAAAAAAUCCAUAUAGUCAUGAGUGAUUAGAGUGCUGUUGAUAAUUCAUGACAAUCUGUCAAUUCUCAUGUUUAGCUUUAUGGAGGAGUGUAAUGUAUUGCGUUGUUCAGAGAUACAGAGAGUCUGUCAUGUUUCUAUAAAAGAACCAUUGAAACUACUAUGA